AUGAAGGCCUUCAUCGUUCUAGCAUUGUGUGUGGUGUCCGCUUUUGCCGGCCUUGAAGAGGAUCUCUGGACCUCGUUCAACAAAGUUCGACCUACUGGUUUGGAAGGAUACGAAGAGCCACGGUUUGAUGGCAGAAUUGUAGGAGGAAAUGAAGUCAGCAUUGGUAACUUCCCAUACCAGCUGUCACUUCGUCACAAUGGAAACCACAUCUGCGGUGCCUCCGUCAUCUCCAGCAACUGGGCUUUGUCUGCUGCUCACUGUACCGUGUCUCCUGUCACCGCUGGAUCUGCUACUCUGCGAGGAGGAAGCGCCAACCGUCUCAGUGGAGGAGUCAUUUUUGCCGUAGCUCAGAUCGUAAACCAUCCACAGUACAACGCUAACACCAUCAACAACGAUGUGUCGGUUCUGCGUACCACCACUUCGUUCUCUGGAGCUAAUAUUGCUGCCAUCACUAUUGUCCCAAGUGGAACCAACUUCGCUGGUGGUACUCGUUCCGUUGUUUCUGGAUGGGGUCUGACCGCUGCUGGAGGAUCUCUGCCGACCAAUCUGCGUGCCGUAGAUAUCCCAGUCGUUACUCUCGCCACUUGCCGCAACCAGUGGGGAGCUGCCCGUAUCACCGAUAGCAUGGUUUGCGCCGGAGAGCCAGGACGUGACUCUUGCAAUGGAGACAGCGGUGGCCCAUUGGUCACUGGAGGUCGUCAAUUCGGUAUUGUCUCAUGGGGUGCAGUUCAGUGCGGUGGAAAUCUGGCUGGAGUGUACGCUAACAUUGGUGCUGCUGUUAUUCGCAACUUCAUCAGCUCAAACACUGUAGAAUUCAGAGUGACAAUGAAGGCCUUUAUCGUUCUAGCAUUGUGUGUGGUGUCCGCUUUUGCUGGCCUAGAAGAGGACCUCUGGAGCUCGUUCAACAAAAUUCGUCCUACUGGUUUGGAAGGAUAUGAAGAACCACGGUUCGAUGGCAGAAUUGUAGGAGGAAAUGAAGUCAGCAUUGCUAACUUCCCAUACCAACUAUCACUGCGUCACAAUGGAAACCACAUCUGCGGUGCCUCUGUCAUCUCCAGCAACUGGGCCUUGUCUGCUGCUCACUGUACCGUGUCACCUGUCACCGCUGGAUCCGCUACUCUGCGAGGAGGAAGUGCCAACCGUCUCAGUGGAGGAGUCAUUUUUGCCGUAGCUCAGAUCGUAAACCAUCCACAGUACAACGCUAACACCAUCAACAACGAUGUGUCGGUUCUGCGUACCACCACUUCGUUCUCUGGAGCUAACAUUGCUUCCAUUACUAUUGUCCCAAGUGGAACCAACUUCGCUGGUGGUACUCGUUCCGUUGUUUCUGGAUGGGGUCUGACCACCCCUGGAGGUUCUCUGCCGACCAACCUGCGUGCCGUUGAUAUUCCAGUUGUUACUAUUGCCACUUGCCGCAACCAGUGGGGAACUGCCCGUAUCACCGAUAGCAUGGUUUGCGCCGGAGAGCCAGGACGUGACUCUUGCAAUGGAGACAGCGGUGGCCCAUUGGUCACUGGAGGUCGUCAAUUCGGUAUUGUCUCAUGGGGUGCAGUUCAGUGCGGUGGAAAUCUGGCUGGAGUGUACGCUAACAUUGGUGCUGCUGUCAUUCGCAACUUCAUCAGCUCAAACACUGGUGUGUAA